AUGAGAUUUAUUUUGGUUUUAAUUACUCUUUUACUUCAAAUUUUUUAUUCGGGCAAUGAAGUAUAUGCUUUUUUGCCUGCUGCAAGAUCCGGGCACAAUGCAGUUUUAAUUAAAGAUAGACUUUAUUGUGAUGGUGGAUCUUUCACAUUCUCCUCUUAUAAUUUUUUUUAUCUUGAUGUUUCAAAGUCUUUUAAUUUAAUCAAUACAUCAUCAAUGCAUUGGACUGAUCUUUCUUUUGUCACAAGUUAUUCCCCAACUAAUGGUGCUUCUGUUAAUAAUAAUUCCAUUUAUUAUUUUAGUGGCGACGACCUUUUAAGUCGUGUUGAUAAAUUUGAUACGUUAACAGAACAAUGGGUUACAUUUAAUUUUUCUGGAAUUAAUACAACAUUAGCAAAUAUAUUUGUGUCUUAUGUUCAAGGCGUUAUUUCAAAAAAUAUAAUUUAUUAUUUUAAUCCAUAUAAUGAAAGCACUAUGAUAAUGUUGGAUAUUUCAAGUGGAUAUUCUCAAGGUCUAAUAACCACCUUAAAUAUUAAAACUUUUGUUUGGGCAAAUCUUACGGCUUUGAACGAUGGCUUUAUACCUGGUCAAAAAGAUAAUUAUAAAUGGGUUAAUUCAUAUGAAAUUUAUAAUGAAAUUCAAAAUGGCAACCAAUCUCCAUCUUCAACCCCAAGUUAUAUUACUACUCCUAACGAAACUUUUGGCAUCGUUGGUGGAGUUAUUGGUAUAAUUUCAGGAUUAAUGGGACUCAUUCUAGUAUCUUGCAUUUGUUAUACAUAUCGUAAAAAUAAUCUACAUGUUAAUCAUAAUAAUGGUCCAGUAGCAGAUCAUUACCCGGUAUCCAUGAUGCCAUGA